CAGGUGCGCACACGGUCCGCUCAGUCGUCGGACGCACUUGACGUUGAUAAGACGCAUUCAGACGCUUAUACUCCCGGUGGGUUGUGAAGAGCCAUAACCGUCGUCUUAGACAAAUCAAGUUCUUUAAAAACCAGUGUAGUUCAGUGGUGACUCUCAGUGACUCAUCUUGCAAACGCCAGCACUUGUUGGUCAAGAUCGGUCGGGGUUUUUUUUCGCCACCGAUGCUGUAGUGCGUCGUAGGUCCGCUUGCAGAGGUACUGCAGCCCGGUAUGGACCACGUCGCCGAGGUAACGGCCGGGAUUGCAUACAUCCCGGCCGGGAUCAUCUACGGAUAUCUGCUGCUGCUGCCGACCGUCGAAGACAAGCUUAUCGCCUGUCUGUACGAGGAAACGUACUACUGGCCGCACAUUAUCGCCAUCGUCGCCAUGCUCAUCACGGUGGUGCUCACCAACGGGCUCAAGCUAAACUACCGCAAAACGCAGUUUAUCCAUCUGUACCUGCAUCUAACCGCCACCGUGUUCUCCCUGACCGCCGGUCUCGUCUUUCUGCUUGUCGAUGAUGUCGUACCGGCGAUCUAUCUGGGCGCGAUUGCCUUUGGCCUAACGCUCGUGCCAGGCCUCAGCUACCUACACAUCCGCUCACGCUCACGACACCGCGUACUGCUGAUGUCGCUCUGCACGGUCUGGUUCCUGGCCGGUGUAGCGUCCACCGCAACGAUCGUCGAGCUAGCCUCCGUCAACGCCAAUGGUGAGGAGACACUGCAUCAAAAUGUGGCAAUCGCACUGCUGGCCACCAGCACACUGAUGCUGGUGCUGCUCGGACUGGUAGAGCUGCUGCAGCGUGAAACAAUCGUGGACUAUAAGCGUCCGCUCGAUUACGACACGGCAAUGGCGCAUGAUAGUGGCAGGUUGCUAAAUCCGGACCGGCGUUCCUUUGCACCGUACGCACAGUUUGGACGAGCCGCUCCAACACUCGGCAAAGGUGUGACCGGAACGGGUUGGUCCACUGAGCGUAUCGUUAGUACGGGUGGGAACGAUUCUGGCUGUCGGUAUCGUACGCUGUGGACGGUGUAUAUGAUUGGGACGAAGUUGGUUGGACUGCUCGCGUUCUACUGGGUGUUGCUGGUGAUGGGCAUUAUGGCCAGUCGGCAGGUGUUGGAGCGAGAAGAUAUCGGGUACGUGCCGUUCUGGUUGAUGGUUGGUGGUGCGCUGCUCACCACCAUGCUUGGAAUACGGCUCGCACCGAAGAUACUGUUCCUGGGUGCGUCCGUCCUGUACGUGAUAGCGCUCGUGCUAGCCAUCGCCUUCUAUUCGGCCGAUCUGAUCGAUCUUGAGUACGGCAUCGCUAAGCUGUUGUUCUUCGCGUUCAUCGGUGCUGCUUUGCCACUGCCGGCGAUUAACAUUCUAGAGCUUGCUCCACUCAACUGCAACGAAGCGGCCCUUGCGCUUGGCACGGCGUUGGAGGUACUAGCGAUCGCGCUGCUGCAGUACUACGGCACCAACGAUGGUACACUGUUCGGGAUGGAUCAGUUGGCCGGCGGUACAACGGUGUGGUCCAGCAAUCAUAAGGACGUGAUCGCCGCACACUACAUCACGGCGAUCGUAGUCGGGGUGGUGUGUGCCGUGGCGACCCUCUGGCAUAUGCCCAACACUGGCCGCAAGUCACUGCCCGAGAUAGAGUCCGAUCUGGCCCGGAUGCGUUCCUACUUUGCGUUUAGCCGGCGUCACCAGCCGCAACAACUCCCCCAGCCAACCACUACCAAUCCCGAGCUGCAGGUCGAGAUCCCACACACGAACGGUCGUCUAGCGGACGAUAUGCUCGAGGACCAGCAACCGACCGUCCACGAGCAGCAGUUGAGUGCAAGAAACGCGGCACGGUUCGCCGCACUCUAUCCCGACUCGCCAGAUCCGCGUGAUCCACGGAACGGUUCGUACCACAGCGCUGCCAGCGAUAGUCCAGCCGCCCGCAGCCGUAGCCGCAGUCCGUACAAUGACUUCGAUCAGCAUCUGCACUACCAUCAGCAGGAUCCUCACCUACACCAUCAGCACCAGGAAGCGUUACGCAGACAGCACGAGGCCAACUAUCUGAAUGCUCGGCUACAUCAGCGAGCGCUCGACUCACCCACCGGUUCCGAUCAGAUGCUAAGGGCCCGGGCCCUUCCACCGGAAACCAUCAAACCACUUCCACUACUCCCCCCGCUGGUGGCCCGCACCAGUCAGCGUCCCGAACCACCGCUCGGCUCGCUGACCGUCAAAUCCGAACCCGGCACCAUGUUACGGCCGGCACUGCUCACACAAAAAAGUGACGCACCGGCACCACCUCCAAUGCCUCCCGCUGACUACCUCACCAAAUCCUUGCCACGCGUUAAAGCCGUCCGACAGUCGCGCAUACCACCGAUCGUGCCGAAACCGGAACCGGAAGCGGAGGUCGUUGUACCGGGUGUUGAGUAUUCGCCCAACCUUGUGCCGAGCCAAUUUUUGCGCCAAUCGCUACAAAAUUCGCAGCUCUUUCGCUAGACACGUACGUCAUUAAGUUAGCGUGAAUGAUUUUCCAUUUUUUUUUGAGUGUUUAAACUGUAAGAGAAACAAUAAAUUUCCAACAAAAGGAUUGAUUUGUUUAUCUAAA